ACUGCCGGGAAGGCAUGGACGUCACUCUGUGGCCCUGGCUCUGAUUGGUCACAAAGCUCUGACGCUUCUGAUUGGCCGGGCCCACUACCAUCCCAGGGUGCUCUGGGGCACUUCCUCCUUUCCCGGCCGUGAGCCCUCGGAGGAGGCCUUUCGGCCGCAGCCAUGGCGCCCAGCCGGAAUGGCAUGAUCCUGAAGCCCCACUUCCACAAGGACUGGCAGCGGCGCGUGGCCACGUGGUUCAACCAGCCGGCUCGCAAGAUCCGUAGACGUAAGGCCCGGCAGGCCAAGGCGCGCCGCAUUGCCCCGCGCCCCGCGUCCGGUCCUCUCCGGCCGGUGGUGAGAUGCCCGACGGUCAGGUACCACACGAAGGUUCGUGCCGGCAGGGGCUUCAGCCUGGAGGAGCUAAGGGUGGCCGGCAUCCACAAGAAGGUGGCCCGGACCAUUGGGAUCUCGGUGGACCCGAGGCGGCGGAACAAGUGCACGGAGUCCCUGCAGGCCAACGUGCAGCGGCUCAAGGAGUACCGCUCCAAGCUUAUCCUGUUCCCCAGGAAGCCCUCGGCCCCGAAGAAGGGAGACAGCUCUGCUGAAGAGCUCAAACUGGCCACUCAGCUGACCGGACCUGUUAUGCCCAUACGGAACGUCUAUAAGAAGGAGAAAGCCAGAGUCAUCACAGAGGAGGAGAAGAACUUUAAGGCAUUUGCCAGUCUCCGUAUGGCCCGCGCCAAUGCCCGGCUCUUUGGCAUCCGGGCGAAAAGGGCCAAGGAAGCCGCAGAACAGGAUGUUGAAAAGAAAAAAUAAAGUGCUGUUGGCAACUUGUGAUAAA